GUUGAGCUGAGGAGGAAAUGGCGCGCGGUGGCUGAUGGGAACUCGGUUAGAUUCAGGAAGACUAGAGACACGGAAACUAGAGACCAAACACACCCACUGGAUUAGACAGGGGGAAAAAAGCUCGCUUGAAACUUAUAAACGUUUGCCAGAAGUCGAAGGCAUGGCAGAGCUGGUGAGUCUGGUGCAGAGGUUGGAGGUCGCUGUUGGCCGUCUGGAGGCUAUUUCCAGCACUGGAGGCACAGGUGGCUCUGUGGCUGGUGGAGCUGUGUCUGCAUAUGUCGAGGCCUUCGAUGGCCUGAUCUCUGGCCCUGUUGCUGAAUAUGUCACCCUGAGUCAGAAGAUAGGUGGCGAUGUUCAGAAGCAUGCUGAUUUGAUGAAGCAAGCUUUCACCAGUCAGAGGCAGCUUCUGGUGACCGCCUCUGUCUCCCAGAAACCCACUGAUGCAGUCCUGACAUCUCUGCUGGCUCCAGUGUCUAAACUGAUUCAGCAAGUGCAGUCGUUCCGGGAGCAGAACCGCACCUCUCCUUUCUUCAACCACCUCUCUGCUGUCAGCGAAAGCGUGCCUGCCUUCGGCUGGGUCGCCAUGGCCCCUAAGCCAGGUCCUUUUGUCAAGGAAAUGCAGGAUGCUGCCAUGUUCUACACAAACCGUGUGCUCAAGGAUUACAAAGACAAGGACAAAACUCAUGUGGACUGGGUUAAAGCCUACUUGUCGAUCUGGACUGAGCUGCAAACAUACAUAAAGCAAAAUCACACCACUGGACUGGUCUGGAGCAAGAGUGGUCCGGUUGCCUCAGCAUCUUCCGCUGCUCCAAGUGGUGGAGCUGCUCCUCCUCCUCCUCCUGGCCCCCCUCCUCCAGCUGCUGAUCUGGACAAGGCAGGAGGUGGUGAUUCAUGCCCUGCAACUCGUAAUGCUCUGUUUGCCUCCCUUAACAAGGGAGCUGACAUUACUAAAGGGCUGAAGCAUGUGUCUGAUGACCAGAAGACCCACAAGAAUCCUAACCUGCGGUCUCAAGCAGUCCCCUUGCAGUCAGGACCCAAACCUUUCUCAGCUGCCCGGCCAACUGCCACCACUACCCCAGCCCGCACUCAGCCUCCUGUGCUGGAGCUGGAUGGCAAAAAAUGGAGAGUGGAGAACCAUGAAGGUGCUCAGGGCCUUAUGAUCAGCGAAACAGAGCUCAAACAGGUGGUUUAUGCUUUCAAGUGCAACAACAGCACUCUGCAGAUAAAGGGAAAAAUCAACUCCAUCACUUUAGACAACUGCAAGAAAUUGGGUCUUGUGUUUGAUGAUGUUGUUGGUAUUGUGGAGGUGAUCAACUGCAAAGAUGUUAAAGUUCAGGUUUUGGGCAAGGUUCCAACCAUUUCCAUCAAUAAAACGGAUGGUUGCCAUGUUUACCUGAGCAAGGACUCUCUGUCAUGUGAGAUCGUCAGUGCUAAGAGCUCAGAGAUGAAUGUGCUGGUGCCAGGCAAAGAUGGAGACUUUACUGAGAUCCCUGUUCCUGAGCAAUUCAAAACUGUAUGGGAUGGCAAAAAGCUGGUCACUACGGCCACAGAGAUUGCAGGAUAAGGGCUUCACCUACAAUACUCCACCCCCUUUGCCAAUGUCUACCUGAUUGGCUGACCAACUAUCCAAUGGCAAACAAAACUGAAAUGGUAAUCUUGCCCACACUUCCCAUUAGCCAAUCAGAGGUGUGGCUGAACAUUCCUUCAGCCAAUGAGAUGGCUGUUUGCUUUAUGCAGCAUAAUGAAACUUUUCAUUCUAUUUGAUGUUUAAUAGCAAUUCAUUUGUUGCCAACAAUCAAGUUGUUUUGCUGUUUUUUAAGCAUUUCAAGGAAAAUAAAGUGUAAACAGCCAAAAUGAUGCAUAUAUUCUUUAUAUUCAGUAGUUGUUUUGUCUAAUUUUUGGUCUUAUUGUUUUUGUUUAAUUUACUUAACAUGAUCAGGGUUAGAAGUGUUCAGAUUAGGAAUUUCUAUUGUCUGUCUCUCUCAGAAGAACUCAAUGCUAGCAUUUCAGACAUUGAAGGUGAACUUAUUUAUGUUUUGGUGGUAAUUAAAACUAAUACUUGUGUUCUCAACCAAAUUAGAUGACUAUUGGAGAAAAUGCUUGCAUUAUUGGUAUUUUCCUGCUCUUACUACUGAAGCAAAAGUAACAGAUAUCGAAUAAUAAACAAAUAUUUCUUCCAUUUCAUAUUGUAUUCCAGCCUAGUGCACAUUCCCUAAAGCACUCUAAAGUAACAUUCCAUGAACUAUCUGAAAAUAAGAGGUACAAAAAGGACAGUGGACAAUUAUGCAAGAUGUCUUUAUUCUUUAAAAAUUGUUAGGCAUAAAUGCAGGUGCAGAAUUCUUGUCGAAUUCCGGUUUUAACAAAUUCAAAUAGACCUAUCAGCCAUUUAUUUUUUAAAGCCUUUUUGUCUCAUAGCCCUUAGGCCAUGUGAAAUUUCUUUCUUUUUAAUUUGUCUUUUUAUUUAAAUUUGGUCAACAGUUUUCAUUCUGCUCUUUUAGUAAUAGUUACCAUUAAAAUGGUUGCAAUGAA